AUGACUAGCGUUGCAUUCGCUAUGCUUUACAUUCCAACAAUAAUGCUCAGACGCAUCAGAAAUAUUUACGUUGAUGGUCUCAUCAACGGGGUGGACAUGAGGAACUUCAUGGACGAUUUCAGCGCCCAGGCCAAAGCUCAAACUACCGUAGCAAGUGUCAUCAUGGCGGUCAACGCCAGCAUCCUUGCCAUCCCAAUUUUAGGCUCACAACUUGCUACAAAGAUGCUGUGCUCCAUCUCCUUCAUUUUCAGCACGUAUUACCUGCAAGGGAGGAUGGGAUACUACAGUUUGGUUUUUUCCAUCGUUGGAUUUCUCCCAGGCAUUUUCACAGUUGAAUACGGGCUACCCUUGUCCGCAAGGAUUGCAUGCGGGCUAAGCCUCAUUGUAGGGAUGGGCCUUGUAAUUCCAUUGGCGGUCGCUAGUCUUGGUCCUGGACUGAUCCGGCGAUGA